CCAACAUCGAAUCUUUUGCAACUCCAAGAUUGUUUCGCAGCCAUUGAAGCAGCCCCUCGCGCUCUUUUGCCGAAGUCGCCAACAUGCCGUUCCCCACUGCUCCCCGCCGGGCACCCUUCCCCGAGUACAAGAGCCCCUACGGCCCGAAGUACUUCUAUCAAUCCCACUUCGCGGGCAUCACAAUGAACACCUUCCUUAAGACUGGCAUCAAGGCGGGCAUGUUCGGCGGUGUCGCUCUCGGUGCCGUCAUCUUUUUUGCGUCUGGCAUUCCUAGGAUCCAGCAGGAUAUCCUCUUGAAGAUCCCUUUCCUCGGCCCACGCUACCCUGUUCGUGAGGUUCACCCCGCAGACAAUCCGUUUUAAACCAGGAUCACAUGGCUUUGGGACUUACGGCGGAGACUCCCUGGGGGCUUUUGGCGCUAGGUGUAAUGGAACUGUGUAUACAAUAGAAAGACGUGAUAGACAGCCCUUCUCCAACCACCAUUGGUCUUUCCCAACACUGUACUCUUGCAUCUGGCAAUCUUUGGCGCGAGGUUUCGGGUCGGUGUCAGCGGCGCUGAGUCUAACGCACGGACCACCUCUCACUCUGUUGCUGUUGACACCUGUAAUUGUUUGGCCCACAACGAGAUCAGCUCGAAAA